AUGUCCGUCAAGGCCAAAAUACCUUUAGAGAUGUCCGUCAAGGCCUUCUUGGAGAAGCUCCGUCCUGUGAGUGCUAAAAGUGUCUUCCGUUUUGUCACUGGUAACCAGUCCGCAGAUAUGGACUCGGUGGUGAGUGCCAUUUCGUAUGCUUAUUUCUACAACCAAAAAAACCCAUCGGAACAGCCUUACUUACCAUUGGUGAACAUCACGAGAGACGAGUUGCGGCUUAGAAGAGAUAUAGUGUUACUUUUGCAGUCUCACUCCAUUUCUAAGGAUCAAUUGUUUUUCUUGGAUGAUGUCCAUGAGUUGACCAAGAGUGCUCAAUCCAAGUUGGAGAUCGUGUUAGUGGACCACUGUGGACUCCAGGGAGAACUUUUAAAUGCUCUCUAUGACACCCAGAGGUUGAGUGUGGCCGCUAUUAUCGACCAUCAUGCUGAUGAGGGUGUCUUUACAAAUGCCAGUCCAAGAAUCAUCCACAGUAAUGGAUCAUGUUCGGCUUUGGUGUUCAACUACUGGAAUAGGGAGCUUGGAGGCAUCCAGGAUACAGAAAUUGUUCUGAUGUUGUUGGGUCCACUUUUGAUUGAUACUUCCAACAUGACCCAGAAGGUGGAGGCUGGGGAUUUGGAGGCUUUUGACCACUACAAAGCAGUGUUGCUGGGAGGGCCCACAGCUUUGCAAACGGCUGCAGUGGUGAAUGGAUCGACGCCGAUUGAAGGAUUUUACUUGACCUUGAAGGCUGCCAAAAAGAAUUUGGAAGGCUUUCUGUUCUUUGACAUCCUCAGAAAGGACUACAAGCAAUUUAAAUUCUCGGGUAAAAGCGGAGAAAGUGUAACUAUUGGCUUCAGCUCCUUGGGUAAGUCAAUGGCAUGGAUCUUGAAGAAGUUUUCAACGUCCCAAAUCACGGAAACCUUUGAUCAAAUGGUUCAGACAUUCCAUUUGGAUGUAGUGGUGAUCACCACGUCGUACACCAAGAAGGAAACCGGCGAGUACACCAGAGAAUUCUGCUACUACCCUACCAAGAAGAGUCUCGAGGGUUUGAGUAACUACUUGGAUCCUUUGCAAUUGGACAAAAACAUCUACAAUAAAAAAGAGGUCGAAAUGGCUGUGGAGGAGAUCAGCAAGACUAGAUCCUUCCAUGUAUACAACCAGGUUAACAUCCGGGCCUCAAGAAAACAGGUUGUUCCAGCUGUGAAGGAUGCCAUUGAGGCCAAAUUUUAG